GCAAAAUGGCUCUUGCCGAUGUGUGUGGCAUGGAUACUCGAAGUCUGGGGAAACGCAGUACUUCUCUCCUGGCUCCAUUCCCACGUGAAUUGAAAAGCCUUGCAAGUGGGUCCUUUGAACCCUUAGAGCAGUUUUCAUUGCCCCGCAACUUUGACCCAGUUGAACAUUUAAGGCAUUUUACUGAGGGAGACACUGAUGUGAAAAUCCACUUUGACCAUGGAACAACAACCCUAGCUUUCAAAUUUCAACAUGGUGUAAUUGUAGCUGUUGACUCCAGAGCUACCGCUGGGCCUUACAUAGCCUCCCAGACUGUGAAGAAGGUCAUAGAGAUCAACCCCUACUUGCUGGGUACAAUGGCUGGAGGAGCUGCUGACUGCUCCUACUGGGAGAGGGUAUUGUCCAAGCAAUGCAGAAUAUAUGAACUGAGAAACAAAGAGAGGAUAUCUGUAGCAGCAGCUUCAAAGCUUCUAGCUAAUAUAGUUUAUAACUACAAAGGAAUGGGUCUGUCAAUGGGCACAAUGAUCUGUGGCUGGGACAAAAGGGGACCAGGCUUGUACUACGUGGACAGUGAUGGUACCAGGCUGACCAACAUGCUCUUCUCCGUGGGAUCAGGCUCCCCAUAUGCCUAUGGUGUGCUGGACAGUGGUCAUCGGUGGGACUUAACUGUGGAGGAAGCCUAUGACCUGGGUCAGAGGUCAAUCUAUCAUGCCACUCACAGAGAUGCCUACAGUGGUGGUGUCGUAAACUUGUACCACAUGAAGGAGACGGGCUGGAUCAAAGUGUCCCAGACAGAUGUGAAGGAGCUACAUUACAAAUACAAAGAUGAGAAGGAGGGAAAAUGAGGAGAUUGGCAGAGAAUUUAUUUAUAAUCUGUGGAAUUAAUUCUUCUCCGAAUACAGAAAGCUGACAAUUGGCUUUUUCUUUAUGACUGACCGUGAAUAAACCUACGUGCUGUAUCAUGAGGGUUACAGUACAGAGAGAACGUGCUAGCCACAACUUGGCCUACAUAUGUGUCUAUGACUAAUAAUGAUCAAGUCUUGGAUGUAGAAGAAAAAGCACCAUCAGUUUUCUUGUUGUAUUCACCGUUCAUGUGUUUAAAAUGCCAUUAAAUGCCAUCAUGACACAGA